AAUUAUCAAAAUAUACUCGACCCUAUUGUAGUAGUUUCAUUCAUCUAUCUACAUAGACUGAAAUUUAUGAACCAUUUUACACAAUUCCUAUUACAUAUAUAAUCAUGAAUGGGAGAAACUUAAUAUUUCAGUGAUUUGUUUCUAGUAUUCAGAAUUAUCAAGUUUUAUUAAUUAGUUCAAUAUGCUUUAGUCUAUGUAUCAUCAAAAAUUAAAGGAAGUAAUACUUGAUUUUCGUAUGUAUAUAACAAGUUAACCAGUUUUACAUUGAAAUUCAAUAUGGUUUACGAGAAUGGAACGAAUUGUGAUAAAUUAUGGCGUGCAUGGAACACAAUAUUAAUCACAGUGUUACAUAUAUUUCUCAUAUAUGUUGGAAUUAAUCGUUAUUUAGCUUUUAAGACACAAGCAUUUGAUGCUAAAUUUGGUGGUGCUUGGGAUCAGUCAUGUAUGAAUUUCACUUUGGCAAUGCUUAUCACAACAUUGACAUGUUUCUGUUUAUUUCUUUUCUGCAGUUUGAUACGUACAACAAAUUAUGCUAACGAAGGAACUCAGAUUGGUAGAGAUACAAACAAUUUACAUUUAUUAAGUUCUACAUGUGCUUGGAAAUCUGAACUACCUAUGAUGAAGUUAACUUCAAUGACAGAUCAUCAAAAUUAUAUGUAUCUUAACUCAACAAACGGUAACGGGAAUAUGAUGAAAACAUUAAGUCGAAAUGGUUACAAUCCAGGUGAUGAUGAUCAUGCUUCAGCUAUCGGACCAGAUGAUGUUCUACCUGGUCCUAAUUAUGACACAUGGUCAGGACGUAGUGGAGUUAAUCAAAAUUUAUUCAACUCUUAUGCAACUAACAAUCCUAAUAAUACAUCUACUAGCCAACGUUUAAUUAAUAAUGAUAAUUAUUUGCAUUUAUCUUUUAAACGUAGCUUUGACUUAUUAUGGCAACGAUUUAAAAGGAACUUUUUACCAUAUUGUGUUGUUUUUCAUUUGAUUAUGGCUUAUUGUCUAUACAUACCAAUACCUUUAAUGCAAUCACAACAAAUAUAUCAUCGAGCAUUGCCUGUCAAUCGGAUUUGGCGUUCAGAUUUGGAUGUCUUGUUUGGUUUACGUAAUGUAUUUGUACAACCAUCAAAUCAACUAUUACCACCUUCGUCAGGAAAAACUUUGAAUCUCUUAUCAUCUACCAAGUUAGAAUUGCAAUCAAAUCUAAAAGAUUCACAACAAUUACUUCAUGAUGAUAAGUCAACCUGGGAUGAUUUAAGAGCAAUAUCACCGGAAUUCUUCAAUUUAGCUAUAGCGUUUUUAAUUCUUAGCUUACGUUAUCCAAGCGUGUUUUGGUAUACCAAUCGUGGAUUUUCGUUUGUUUUCUCCUUACUACUAUUAUUGACAGGUGUGAAUGCUUUAUUAGAAUGUUGUGCAACAUCUAUACUUGUACGACUUGGCUGGAAUCAAUUUCUACUUCCAAGUGAAAUUUGGCCGAGUGAAUUAAAACUUCUUACAUUACCGAAUCCGCCAGCAGGCGAUUUAAGUAUUGAGAAGAAAACAGUUCAAACAAGUGAAUCAACGGAAAGUGAUAAAUCAGACCCAUUUGAUGUAUUAACUGUGGAGUCAAGUUUUACUCUAAAUAUUAUCGGACCAUUAGCACUUUCAUUCUCUGGAACUAUAUUAUUUCUUAGUCUUUUCAUAGCAAUGUUUGAAUACGGUUAUCAUCAAUUCACAGAAAAUCUUGCAGCUUAUAGACAUUAUCUUAUUGGAUCAUGUAACGGAAACGGUUAUCCAUUGGUCAAUGGAGGUGGUCUUAUUUCUAAUGGUGAAUUGAUGGAAAGACGCAGUAAUUGUGGAAUGAAUGCCAAUGGUUUAUCUUCAGGUAAUUUAUUCAAUCAUACAGUGACAGAAUCAGUACAUUCAGGUCAAAUGAGUGGUGGAAAAUCCAGUCACUGUUUAGGUACUAGUACUGAUGCAAAUGGCUGGACAACCCAUAAAACUCGUGGUUAUAGUUACGGAGCAGAAAUGUUACAUAAUGGGUGUCGAUGUUACCUAUAUUCAUACACACCGCAUAUAUGUGCAUUGAUUGGCAGUUUAAUUGUACUUGCUUGUAAAAUUCCAAUUAUGUGGGAUUGCAUAUUGGUAUACAGGAUAACUAGACAUUCCAUUUUAUUGUUCAGUGUAAUCUCAGGAAUUAUUGUUAUGUUCGCUUGGUUUAUUGCUUGGUUUGCAUUUACAUUAAAACCAGCUUGGAAAUUUCAGGUGAAUCUUCCACUUCAAACUGUAUCAUCACCAGGUGUACUGACAACUGGAUUCCAACCAAUAACUUUUAUUCCUCCUAUAAAUUAUCAACCAGUUAAUGAUAUGAUACAGAAUUCAAUGUUUAAUAGUCAAAUACGACAAAUAACAACGUCAACAAAUUAUGGUAUACCAAUGAAUGGAACUAAUACCCGAUUAACAAAUACAUCACAUAAUCCAACUUCAUCAAAUAUUCACGCACAAAUGACCAUGCUUGGCUCGACUGAUGAUGGUUUCCUUCAUACUGAUGUGAAUGGUUCACAACAAGUUGGUGUACCGGCUAGUCCAAUUUAUGCAUGUUUUCAUGAUAGAAAUACUGGAUUUUAUGGUAUAUCAGCAAGUGCAUCAAGUAUCGGUUUGCCAAUGAACGCACAAAUACUAGUUACACCAGAAAUGAUCAGUAAUAAUAAUACAUCUAAUUUAGUGAAUUCAUCAAUAGAACCUAAUAAUCAAGUUAGUAGUAAUGUAGAUACACGUAACGCAGAGCAUGGGAUUGAAGAUGCUGAAGCGGGUAGUAGACAAAGCGGUGGGAAUAACUAUGUCUGUCUUCAAAGUGCCCUGAAUUCAAAUAAUUUUUCUAAUAUAGGUCAACCGAUUCUUCUUAACUCUAGCACCAAUAAUGGGAAUAGUAUUAACAAUAAUGGUAAUCAUAAUGAAUGUAUUGGAUUACCAACAAUGACACCAGUUACAAUAUCAUCAUCAACGAGUCAGCUCCAAUAUCCUACACUGAACUUAUAUUCAGGAUAUCUUAACAAUAAUUCUAACAAUGAUAACGCAACUAACAAUACUCAACUAUCAUCCAGUUCAUCAGGUCAUGGUGGAGUAGAAGAUGAUGAAAAUUCAAUGAGUACAAUACAACCCGCAAAUAAAAUUUCUAUUCAUGGAGGUCCAUCGUAUCCAGGAUUCGGUUUCACAUCACCAAAAGUUGCACAUUCAAAUUCAUUUUCAUUAAUAAAUCGUUUCCCGAAUCAAUCAUCCACAGAUUCACGAGCAACUACAGCAACUGAAUCACAUGGGAAUCUCCCAAGAAUUGGUGCGUCAAACGAGGUGAUGUGUUUACGGUCACAUCAAAAUACUACAGUAUUAUCACCUGAGGAAUGCGGUUUAAUGAAUUCGAAUGUACAGAAUACAGGAAAUUCAUUAACUUCAACCAAUAUACCAUCUUCAUCUUCAAAUGGACCAAGAGUAACAUUUAAAGAUGAUAUUAAUUCAAUUAGUGGAACUACAUCUUACAAUCAAAAUACAUCAAGCUUAUUACAUACCAUUACAACAGAGGGUAGUUCAUUUGACGAAAAAUCGAUCGACAAAGAUAAAGUAGGUACAAUUACUUAUGGUAGUGGACCAUAUGAUAAUGCAUUCCCUACAACAUUUCGUUCUAGUUUAUUGUUAAAAAAUCAAUUACAAAAUGUUGGCAAAAAUCAAGUAGACACUGUCGAUUUACCGAAAUCAUCUAAUACAUUUAUGAAUAAUUCAGGUUAUUUGAGACAUGGAAAUAUCUCUAUAAAUAAUAAUAAUAACACAAACAAUAAUAAUUCCAAUAUAUACUCUCUGUAUCCAAAUACGUCUGUCGGUCAAUCAAUAAUUCCUGAAAUGAUUGACAAUGUACUAACAGAUAUACAUAAUAAUAAUAAUAAAAAUAAUCAGUCAAAUAGAAUAACCGGUAGUAGUUGUAAUAAUAAUAAUGUCAUGAUUGGUGAUACUUUUAUUAAUGGUCAACCCAGUUCUAUGGAAGAUUUACCAUUAUUAUUGACAUCUCAUUUAUCAACCGAUGAAAAUCACGAAACUAGAUUAUGUAGUCAAGUUUAACAAAAAAUUUUAAAGUCUUCUGUUUCCUUUAUGAGUAUUCUUCGUCUGAUCACAUAAAAUUUAAUGUAUGCAUUUAAGUCAUCUUGAUGUUUAAAAACCUUAUCUCCUCUAUUAUUCACUUUCCUUCUUUCCUCCAUACUUUCUUAUUCAGUCGAAUCGUAAUAUACCAGUUAAACUUAUCUUGUACAUGUUGACAUUGUUUCAUACUAAUACUUUGUCAGUGAAAAUUGUCACCACGAAAUCCCGAGAAAGAAAAGUUACCAUCAACUGUGACGUUAUUUCAUUCAGGGCAUAUUUUAAGAUACAUAACAAGUAAAGAUAGUGGAUAAUCAAAUUAAAAAACAUUGAAGAAUGUGAAUAUCUCACUUUAGACGAACUUAUCAAUAUCAAAUUUUCUUAAAUUUCAUUGUUUUCAUUCGUUUUAAGCACAAGUGCAGUGGUUGCACUCAUCUUAUUAUACCACUUUACUCAAACCAAUCAACCACUGAACAAACAGAAUAUACUACUAUUAUCAGUAUUGUGAAUAAUCAUAAUAUAGGAAUUAUAACUUAUGACCAUAAAAAAUAUAUGUAAAUAGUUACAAUUCAUUUUCUACAAUAGUUUACUAUAAUAAUAUUCUUCAAUAUUUUAUGAUAAAAGCGCCAAUUUUUGGGAUUGAUUCAUUUUGAAACGUUAUAUAAUUUCAUAUUAAAAACAUGACAUUGAUCACAUCUGCAAUAAAUCUUCGAUAAAAUAAUAUCUGUCAUCCAUGACCAUGAUGAAACAACCAGAAACACACACACACAUUUUUUCAGUUUGGUUUUAUCAACAAAACAAAUAUUUUUCAGUAUCCCUCAACAUCAACAGUACAACUGCCGUCAUUUAUAGGUUGAUAUUCCUUCUCUGUAAUUUACUAUAUUUAAUGUCAAUGGUCUCUUGAGUACACCUUAAUCGAUAUUAUACAGAAUAUUUGUGUUAUAUUUGUUUAUGUGUAUAUACAAACACUUAAAUAUAACAUUGGGUACGUAUAUCCAAGUACAUAUCCACUUAUGUUGUUCAGUUAAUAAAUUCAUUCAUUAUUUUGCUUAAAUUGUCAAUCUAUUUUCCCAUUUUAUGUUUAUGAGUAAAUGUCUAUUGUUUUUACAUAUGUUAACCUUUUUUCCUCCAUUCUACUUUUUAUUUAUUUUCUUGAUAAAAUUGAUAAUUAUAUUUUCUCGAGUUAAAUAUUAAAAAAAUUUAUGAAAUAACUCUA